AUGUCGACCACGCGCGACGAUUACGAGCGCUCGAGGGCGGGACGAGACGCGCGACGGGUCGAACUCGCGAUGUCCACGGUGCGCGAUGCCGACGUCGAGGAGGUGCGCGAGGGGUUCGCGUUUGAGAAGAAUUUUUACGUCGAGCACCCGGCGACGGCGCGUCGGUCGCUCGCGGAGAACGAGGGGACGAUGAAGCGCAUGGAGAUCCGAGUGACGCGAGGUGGCGUCGACGCGCCGAAGUGCGUGUUGACUUUUACCGAGGCGUCUUUUCCGUCGUACGUGACGGAGGAUCUGUUGCGAGAGAAGUUUGAGGCUCCGAGCGCGGCGCAGUCGCUCGCGUGGCCGAGCGCGCUGAGCGGACGGGACGUCGUCGCGGUGGCGGAGACCGGGUCGGGGAAGACGCUCGCGUACGUACUGCCGGCGAUCGUGCACGUGAACGCGCAACCGGUUUUGGCGCCGGGGGAAGGGCCGAUCGCGCUCGUGUUGGCGCCGACGCGAGAGUUGGCGUGUCAAAUCGAGCUCGAGGUGGCGAAAUACGCCGCGUCGAGUCAACUGAAGCACGCGUGCGUGUACGGGGGAGCGCCCAAAGGGCCGCAGGUGAAGGCUCUAAAAUCGGGCGAGUGUGAGAUUUGUGUCGCCACACCGGGACGGUUGAUUGAUUUCUUAGAGAGGGGCGUGACAAAUCUCAGGAGAACGACAUUCGUCGUCUUAGACGAGGCUGAUCGCAUGUUAGACAUGGGCUUCGAACCUCAAAUUCGUAGGAUAGUGUCUCAGACGAGACCCGAUAGACAGACUCUUUUGUUCACCGCGACGUGGCCGGUCGAGGUGAGAGAGAUAGCGCGAACACUUGUUCGCAACAAUCCGGUGGAAUUUCGAGUCAGCGGCGCCGGUGAUAGUUUGUUAGCGUCCAAAAAUGUUGAGCAAAUCGUCCACGUAAUGAACGGCGAUGAAGAGGACAAAUAUGAAAAGCUCAUCGAGACACUUGAGCGAGAGAUGGACGGCGAACGGUUGCUCGUGUUCGUGGAGACCAAGGCCUCGGUGGACGCGCUCACGCGCAAGCUUCGAGUCGGCGGUUGGCCCGCAUUAGGAUUACACGGCGACAAGGAGCAAAAAGAGCGCGACUGGGUUCUCAGCGAGUUUAAAAGCGGCUCUUCUCCGAUCAUGAUCGCUACCGACGUCGCCUCACGCGGUCUUGACGUUGAGGGUGUGAAGCUCGUUGUGAACUACGAUUUCCCGAACCGCGGCGGCGUGGAGGAGUACGUCCACAGAAUCGGUAGGACCGGCAGAGCAGGGCGACUCGGCAAAUCCGUAACGUUUUUCACCAUUCGCGACGGGCGACACGCGAGAGGUUUGGUGGACGUCUUACGCUCCAGCGGCCAACGCGUCCCGGACGCGCUCGCAAACGCCGCCGCCGAUUCGUAG